CAUACAAUGAUGCAUCUUCAUAAUCUUUGCCUAGGCUAGCUUGGCCUAGAUCCUUCCGGGCUUCAAUACUUUUUAAUUUUAAUCCAAGGAAAGCGACAAUGAACCGGAGCGGUCAAAUAAAAGGGACAUGUAUGGACAUGUGUCCUGAACAGGAAAGAAAAAUGCGAGAGUUGCAGAUGCGACUGCAUCCACUAGAGAUGGUUCUAGGGACGGAGGAUUCAAGAAGACCCAGAUCAGAUCCGUCAGCUACAAUCAAAGAAUACUCAAGACCUGCAGCAGGAAAAGCUGAUGCUUUGACCUCUGACCUCCGACCUCCUCAGGUUUUAUUGAAGACUGUUCACUUUAUGAUAAAAAGGAUUUUACCACGGACCGACUACCGAUUUGUGAAGCUGUAUGACUUUGUGUUCGAUCGUCUUCGCAGUGUCCGACAAGACCUUGUGAUUCAGAGAGUCACAGGAACAGAAUGCGUACAAAUUCUGGAAAUGGCUGUCCGGUUUCAUCUGUAUUCAGGAUACAGUCUUUGCACUGAACCUGUAGCGAAUUAUGACGGCAAGAUCAAUGCCGAUCAUGCGCAGGAGUGCUUAAAGCGGCUUCUGGUCAUGUAUCGGGAUGCCGACCGUGAGGGCACCGUCAUCAGCAAUGACCGGGAAGAGCUUGAGGCCCUGUAUCUGCUCUUCAACCUGGGAUCCACAGAAGCACUCCAGCAUGCAGUUUCUUUACCCAAGCAAGUGAGACAGCACCCCUCUGUCAGGCUGGCACUCCGUAUUCACAGUGCUAAUCUGCAGGGGAACUUCUUGCGAGUCUGGAGACUAGCUUCCGAGUGCAGCUACAUACAGAGCUGUGCUUUGCAUAGACACCUCUUGGAGAUGCGACGGCGAGCCUUGCAGGUCCUAAAUGCUGCGUACAGCAGCAAGAACCUCUGUUUUCCAGUCGGCGUGUUGUCGAGGUGGCUACUGUUUGACACAGACGAGGAGGGGAGGGUGUUCUGCCGAAGCCACGGGCUGAGAGUGGACGAGGACGGUGUGCGGUUCCAGAAGAGUAGCCCCUUAUCAACAGGUUCGCCGCAGUCUGGCCCUUUCAAGUGUAGCAAAUUGGUAGACUCCAAGCAGAGAGGGGUCAAAGUUCAUGACCUCAUCAUGGGCCACACCAACAGAGAUCACAGUGUCACCAGGCGUGGAGAUGAAGACGGAAGCUCAACCCAGGCCUGUAGGUGAUAAAUGCCACCCAACAAUUGAAUAUAAACCGUGCAAUUGGACUCGCUCCAUUUUUAACCCAAUUUUAAAGUAAAUUUGAAUUUUUCAUUUACCUCUUGCCAAAUACAUGCUCGGUGCUCACCAAGAGCUUGUGAGAAAUAAAUUUACAAAUGCACAGGUUUGUUUGAGCAAGAUUCACACCCACGACCUUCUGCUUACUAUUGCAGAAAUCUUGACCACUGACCUUAUCUGGGUCGGCUGGCCUGUUCGAUAUACAUGUUUUAGUGCAGUUUGCAGGUGUGUCCAGGACGCCUGUUUCUAUUACACAUCAGUAAAGGGAUACACAACGUACUGUCCUGUGGGAAAAUGGUUUCAUUGCCAGUCUUGAGAGGAGACUAGUCUUCAUGCCUCGUGGAAGAGUCAGACUUUACUUCCCUUUGAAAAUUUAUCAUAGCCUUUAUUCCAGUCCAAUUCAAGGAAGAAAUAUCCGCUUAGCCUCGAGACCCCCUAUAAAACCCGUGCCCACCACUGAUUGGCUGUCUCACCACCACUCUGCUGUUGGUAGCAGCGGUGUCUCCUCAAUGCACACACGGGCACCAUGUUCUGUUCCCCUGAACAGUCCCUGCACAGUAUACGAGAGACAAUAUCUUACAAGAAAUCUCAUUUCAUUUGAGAAUCUUCAAGAUAUUUUCUUUGGCCGUUACCUGUCAUGAAACUGCAAACGCACGUGUUAGUUUUUUUAAAACUUUAUUGAUGCUCAGUGGAUAUUUAUUACAAACAGUAAACAUCAAUAGUUACUCAUACAUACUGGUAUGUUAGUCUACACGGCUUCGUAAAUAGAUGCCAAAUGGGCAACGUUACAGGUACAGUUAACUUACAAGCACACUAUUUAUAUAAUAAAACAUUCAAAACAUGUGUAUGAGCAGUUUGUGGUGUGAUGCCUGGCGUAGAAAUGAGAAAAAGGUGUACGAUCAAAGAUUACGGUCAAACGCUGGUCAAAAAGUGCAUGACCUCAACUCCCUGGGCUUUACAGCCGUGAAACGUUCUAGACCUGAAGAAUUCCAUCGCGUUGUAGACCAAAUUUGUUGUAUUUAGCCACUAGUUUAGGAGUAGUGCUGGCCUUGUAUAUCAUACAAAAAUUGAGUCAGAUCUUGGCAAAUUUGGGUCAUUCUGUUGUUUUACACCAUUUGAAAUGACGAUCUGUUUCUGUGGCUUCCUUGAAUGUUGCAUUCUUGUCUAUUUUAAACAGUUCUUUUAUGCUACAUGAUUCUUGGAUGAACAACCAGAAAUUUGAAUAGUAAUUUUUAGCUACCCCCCCGAAAUACAACUUCUGUGGAACGAACUUUAGCUAGAUUGGUUCUCACCCUUUUAUACAUUCACUAUGUACUUGUUCAUGACAAAAAAAAUAUAUAAUUAAUCUCUGUGAAAAUCUAGCAUGCAAAUACUUCUCUACUUAUACUCAAAUGUAACAGUGCAACAAUCUUGGGAAAAGUAUCUCAUUGUUAAAAAAGGGUUAAGAUGACCUCUUUAACCAAAAUGUUAACUACCAGCGUCACCUUGUCAAUGCUGAGAUUUCCCGUGACUAAUGACAUUGAAUACAGACUACUGAUUGUGGUGGGUAAAACUUUAAGAAAAAGAGGUUCUGGUUUGGAUUUAACAGUCUUUGUUACAGUUUGGCCCGAAAGUAAAAGUGUGUCUCACAAAACUGACAAAAAAGUCAUGCAUUGGCAGUUGCUUCUCCUGAGCCAAGAUGUCACAUGGUCAUGCCUAAGCCAAUCAAAAUUCACAGAGUGUGUUGAUAAUACUUGGGUACACAAAAACUGAGACACAACCAAAUUUUGAUUCAUUCAAACAAGCACAGUUAUUAAUAACGUGACUACGUUAAAUUACAGACGCGUAUUUCCAAGACACACCUUGGCAAGUUUUGUACAAAAAAGCUGAUACAUUAAUACUGUUUUAUAAGCUUCACUCUAUAAACGCUGAAGUAGCGCAGAAAGCCUAGAGAUCAGUUUUAUAUAACUUGGAAAAAUUAUGAUCUAAAGUGCUACCGUGAAGAUGUGCAAGAAAACUUUAUACAAGUGUGGAUUAUAUGUAGCUUUAAAAAUUGAAUUUCUUAAAAACUGAAAUGGCCACAUGCUUUUUGAAAUGAAUUUGUAUCAUUUUUUUUAACCACAGUAGACAUGUCAACUACUGUUCCCUAGAUUUUUUCCACCCGUAAUUUACAAUGUUUAUAUUUUCAGAAGCACUUAAAACGUCUUCUGAUGACAUAAAUAAAAGCAUUAAAAGUUGA